AUGGUUCAACCUGUCGCCAAUCUCAACAUCAAUCAUCUUGGAAUCUCGGUCCCCGACCUGGAUGCCGCCGUAGCAUGGUACACCACACAUCUAGGUUUCGUCCAACUUCGCCCCCAUAACAGAGUGAAGCGUGGCCCUCCCGAAGCUGAUGUCGUCGACCGCGGUGGACUUGCCAUAUAUGGUCCUGAGCUGAACGAGAUGCGCAUCGCGUACCUCGCAAGCGGAAACAUCGGCAUCGAGCUGUUUCAAUUCAUUUCACCAGCAUAUUCCGGACCCGGAAAACCCAAUCCGUUCGGCACGCAGCAUUGGGUCCGAGGUGGAUGUUUCCAUAUCGCUCUCACGCAUCCAGAUCCAGAGGCUUUGUUUGCGAAGCUUGUCGAGGCUGGGGGAGAGAAGAUUCGGGAGACGGCCCGGUUGGGUAGAGGGAUAGUGGCGUUGUACAUUCAGGACCCUUGGGGGAUCAUCUGGGAGAUAUGCUCUCGCAGUUUUGAGACAUUUCAAAUGAUCGAAUACGUGCCUGAAUGA